AUGCCAUUCCCCAAAGUUUCAAUUGUAUUCUGCACUAAAUGUAAAUGGAAUCUCCGGAGUGCAUGGUACGUCCAAGAACUUCUACAAACGUUUGGAUCUGAAUUGAAAGAGAUUUCAUUGAUUCCAGGCGAACCAGGCGAAUUCAAAGUUCUUGGAUACCAAACGGAAGGUUCUCAACCGAUAGUAAUUUGGGACAGAGUCGUGGACGAUGGAUUUCCUGACAGUAAAUAUUUAAAACAACGGGUAAAGGCUCUUAUUUUCAAUGAUGAAGUGGCCAUAGGGGCCCAUAUCGACAGGAAAUCAAAAUCUUCCUCGGCUAAAGAAACUCUAGUAUCGGAAAAGAUCAAUCAAUGCUCCACAGAUGAUCAAAAUACGUCAUGCAAAGAUUGUGAGACAUAA